AUGCUUCGUCCACUGACGUGUCCCUCUCUGCUUCGCUCUACAAGCCGGCGGUUCGUUGGGUCCAAAGUUACAUUCUGUGCUCACACGCCGGGCUCCGAUCACCUCUUCGAAAUCGAAUGCGCCGACGCCGACCCAGAAUUGGGCUUCAUAGGACGUGCGACAUGUGCACGCCACUGCAGACCUUACGCGAUAGCGGAACCCGGUCAAGUCGUCUUUAAUCGUUUCUAUGGUGUAAGUAUCUGCGGCGGCAUCGCUCUAGAGCAACAUCAGCGCUCGAUCUUUAUGAAGGCGUCAGCCACACACGCUGGAUCUAAUCUCGCCAUCGACGGCUAUGACUGUGAUCUGCCAUCGAUCGAGCCGCACAUCGCCUGCGAGACCUUCACAUUGCCCGUAUCCCGCUCUGUUUACUGCUAA